AUGGAGUUCCCGGAAAGAACUUAUCUUGUGACUGACAAAGCCACCAAGAUGUAUGCCUUCACACUAGACAGUGUGGAUCACCAGCAGAAACCCGUGACUAAAGAUCACUGUUCUGGAGAGGUGAAUGCCAAGGCCACAGAGAACAGGGCAAGCGAGCAAGUCUACGCCAAGUGGAAACUCUGGGCUGCUUCGGGAAUAUGCUUCGUCUUCAUGAUUGCGGAGGUUGUGGGUGGCCACAUUGCGGGGAGUCUUGCCGUCAUCACAGACGCUGCCCACCUCUUGAUUGACCUGACCAGUUUCCAGCUCAGCCUCUUCUCCCUGUGGCUGUCCUCCAAGCCUCCCUCCAAGCGGCUCACCUUUGGAUGGCACCGGGCAGAGAUCCUCGGUGCCCUGCUGUCCAUGCUGUGUGUCUGGGCAGUGACUGGUGUGUUGGUGUACCUGGCGUGUGAGCGCUUGCUCUACCCUGAUUACCAGAUCCAGGCCACCGCGAUGAUCAUCGUUUCAGGCUGUGCCGUGGCAGCCAACAUUGUAUUAAGUGUGAUUUUGCACCAGAGGCCUCCCGGCCACAGUCACAAGGAAGUGCAAGCUAAUGCCAGUGUCAGAGCAGCUUUUGUGCAUGCGCUUGGGGAUCUGUUUCAGAGCAUCAGUGUGUUAACGAGCGCACUCAUCAUCUACUUCAAGCCAGACUAUAAAAUGGCCGACUCAAUCUGCACAUUUGUGUUUUCUGUCCUGGUGUUGGCCAGUACCGUCACAGUCUUAAAGGACUUCUCCAUCUUACUCAUGGAAGGUGUGCCAAAGAACCUCAACUACAACGCUGUGAAAGAGCUCAUCUUAGCGGUGGAUGGGGUGGUGUCUGUGCACAGCUUGCACAUCUGGUCUUUGACAACGAACCAGGUGAUUCUCUCGGCUCAUGUUGCUGCAGCAGCCAGCCGGGACAGCCAGGGCGUUCGGAGAGAGAUUGCUAAAGCCCUCAGCAAUAGCUUUCCUGUGCAUUCACUCACCAUUCAGAUGGAAUCUCCCGCCGACCAGGACCCCGGCUGCCUUUUCUGUGAAGAGCCCCAGGACUAGUUCAGUCAGACCAUCAGCUUCCUGAGUUGACAGGUCACUACGUGAUGCUCUGCCGUUCCUGGAACAUAAACAAAUAAGGAACCAAAGGAAGAAGUUUGAGAAAUUGAUGAUACAGUACAAUGCACAUUUUAUACUUCUUUAUUUAGCUCCACCCACCAUGAAUGAGAUGCAUUUGGAUUCACUAAUCAAUACUGAUUAUCAUCAGUAGCUGUGUUCCAUUUCAGGAAUACAUGUGUGGGCCAUUCCUAACUGGGGCUGAAAUAACAACUGUUUGUAACUACAGGCCUUAAAAAGUGCAUCGCCCUUCAAUAGCACAGCCUAAGGAUGAGGGGGUCAAGAUGAACUAAGGGAAGUCUGAUCAGGAAUCUGUGGCAAGAAAAGAGUCACAACAAUUUCCCAAAACUGGAGAAGUAAAAAUAAGAAGAGUCAAGUCAAGGAUAAAGAGAAUCUGGAGGCCCAAUACCUCAUGAGAACUUGACUUUCCCACCAAGUUGUAAUAUGAUUUGAGGCAAUUCUUUUGAAUCCUUAUCUAUCAACAUCACUAUCCACUAAAUGGGGUAGAAAUGCCCUCACUCCGUCUUGCUUACAAGUUAUGUUGUACUGUGUCUGAAACGAUUGAAUUAUAUUGUACUUCUCUGUAUAAAAAUCGUGGACAAAUGCAAAAUUAUAAAAUUUACUGCUUUUGGAGAGUUUUCAUAUGGUAGGACCUAUUAAUAAAAGAAAA